AACAUACCUGUACUAAUAAACGGACAAUUUGUAUUCCGAAUUGUUUUUGCAUCGAGUGUGAAUUGUUUGAAAAUUCUUGCUUUCAAUAUGCUCCGGCUUGUGAACAAAACUUUGAGGCUCACGAAGUCGUUUUCCUCGUCGGCGCUGCCGGCUCCGGAAACCAACCCUUCAAUUUUAUACAGCGGAAUCUUUAUAAAUAAUGAAUGGCACAAAUCACAGUCAGGAAAAACUUUCGACACAUUGAAUCCUUCAACAGGAGAAGUUAUAUCGGAAGUACAGGAAGGUGAAGCUGCAGACAUUGAUGUCGCUGUUCGUGCAGCCAGGAAAGCUUUCCAAUUAGGCUCACCAUGGAGAACGAUGGAUGCUUCACAACGAGGUCUAUUGCUCAACCGCUUGGCUGAUCUCAUGGAAAGAGAUCGCACUUACUUAGCUUCACUAGAGACAUUGGACAAUGGAAAACCCUAUUCAGUAGCUUAUGGUUUUGAUGUUCCUGCAAGCAUCGGGACUUUAAGGUAUUAUGCGGGUUGGGCAGACAAAAAUCAUGGCAAGGUCAUUCCAAUGGAUGGAAGAUUUUUUGCAUACACGAGACACGAGCCAGUUGGAGUUUGCGGUCAAAUAAUACCAUGGAAUUUUCCUAUUUUAAUGAUGGCAUGGAAACUGGGGCCCGCUUUGGCAACCGGAAAUUGUGUUGUUCUUAAACCAGCCGAACAAACUCCCUUGACAGCACUUUACAUUGCACAGUUGACAAAAGAAGCAGGUUUCCCAAGCGGUGUCAUAAACAUUGUCCCAGGUUUUGGUUCUGCCGGAGCUGCUCUCGUUUCUCAUAUGGAUGUCGACAAAGUCGCUUUCACAGGAUCUACCGAAGUCGGUCGGCUCGUCAAACAAGGCGCAGCUAUGAGCAAUCUCAAACGCACAACUCUCGAACUUGGUGGGAAAUCUCCGAACAUUAUUUUCAAAGAUACAGAUAUUGAUCAUGCCGUUGAAACUGCACAUUUCGGUCUAUUUUUUAAUAUGGGACAAUGUUGCUGUGCCGGAUCUCGCACUUUCGUCGAAGAUGACAUUUACGACGAGUUCGUAGAGAAAAGCGCAAUACGCGCAAAGUCACGAACGGUUGGAAAUCCGUUUGACCCGAACAUCGAACAUGGCCCUCAGGUCGACGAGGAUCAAUUGAAUAGGAUUUUGAGUAUGGUUGACAGUGGAAAAAAGGAAGGUGCUAAAUUAGUAACCGGUGGUACCAGAGUUGGUGACAAGGGCUUUUUUGUCGCACCAACGGUAUUCGCCGAUGUCAAAGAUGAUAUGAAGAUUGCACGAGAGGAGAUUUUCGGACCGGUCCAACAAAUUCUGAAAUUCAGCAAAAUCGACGAAGUUAUAAAACGAGCGAAUGACACCGAUUACGGAUUAGCUGCGGCGAUAUUUACGAAGGACAUCGAUAAGGCGAAUCAUUUAAUUCAGGGGCUUCGAGCUGGCACCGUUUGGGUCAACACUUACAACGUAUUGGCGAAUCAAGUACCAUUCGGUGGUUACAAAAUGUCUGGUCACGGGCGUGAACUCGGUGAAUAUGGUCUCGAGACAUACACCGAGGUGAAAAGUGUUAUUGUAAAGGUCAACCAAAAAAACAGUUAAUCAAAUACCAUACGCGAUAGGAACGGCACAGCCGAUACUUCGAGAACUCGUGUCAUUAGAAACCAAGAUCUUUUGGAUUCCUUUACAAUGUUUUUUGUACUCAGAAGCACAAAUAAUAUUCAUAUCGAUAAAAUAGGAUCUUAGUUGAGAAAUUAGCCAGAUGAAAACGUUACUAAUUUAUGAAAGGCUGUAAACACUGGUGCUCGGGAAAAAUUAAAAAGUAAAACUUAAAUAAAAGACUGUCAGUGAAGGACAAUAUCCGUACGAUAUCAAUAUUGCAUAUAUCUCGCGUAUGAAAAUGAGAUUAGGGAUGACAAUUUAUACAGUUUAUCUCGGGGAAAAAAGAUAGAAAAAUCAACGAAAACAUACCUAACAGUGAUUAAAAAAAUAUUUUACACAA